AUGAUCCCGCCGAACAUGGACGAUGACCUCUUCGCCAAUGAGAUCAACUUCGAUGACCCCAAGCCCAAGAUCAACAUCCCGGAUAAUGACUUGACCAUUCCUGCCGCUUCUGCUGGCACCAUCUUUUACCUGACAAUCUCGACCCCGCACACUGAUGCCUUCGAGUGGCAUGGUCCCUUUCCUCAAUUCUCCAACAUCUUGUCGACCGUACGCGCACAUUCGCCAUCCGCAGACAAGAAGCUCGAGAAGGCUGGCAAACACGGGUUCACCAAGCUCGUAGUGGUAGAAGACGAGGAGCAAGGGGAAUUCACCGUGUUCGAGGUGGUCACCGAAGUCAACCAGGAUGUCCGCUCUAUGCUCCCAAAAUCUGUCUUCACCGUCACUUCAGCCGGGCCCAUACUACACGACGUAUGUUCCUUCACUGGCAAGUUGGAAGCUGAGGGCGCGAAAGGAUGGGUAAGUUGA